GGAGAGAGUGCGAGAGGAAUGGAGAGGAAGCUUUCUAGGGUUGCCAGGACACUCAAACCCUCCCCAAUUCAAGAGCUAUCCCAUCUCGCCCAGCGAUGUGACGCAAUCAAUCUCGCCGAAGGAUUUCCGGACUUCCCUGCUCCUCCGCAGAUCAAAGAAGCCGCCAUUUCUGCCAUUAAUUCUGACUUCAAUCAGUACAGACAUGUGCAGGGCAUUUGCGACUGCUUGGAAAAGUUGAUGAAACAGAAGUGUGGUUUGGAUAUAAACCCUCUUAUGGAUAUUGCUAUUUGCUGUGGUCAGACUGAGGCAUUUGCUGCAGCUGUGUUUGCAACAAUCAAUCAAGGUGAUGAAGUCUUGCUAUUUGAUCCUGCAUAUGAAACAUAUGAAACUUGUAUCCUUAUGGCUGGAGGAACCCCUGUGUAUGUUGCAUUGGAUCCCCCUCUCUGGAGUUUGGAUCUAGGUAAAUUGAUGAAGGCUUUCACAGUCCGAACAAAAGCUGUAGUUCUGAACAGUCCUCACAAUCCAACUGGGAAAGUUUUCUCUAAGCAUGAGCUUGAAGCUAUUGCUGAAGCUUGCCGCAACAUGGAUUGCAUAGCUAUAACAGAUGAAGUAUACGAGUAUAUAACAUAUGACAUGGAAAAACAUUCAUCACUGGCCUCACUUCCAGGAAUGCAAGAACGGACCAUUAUAACAUCAUCCUUGUCUAAGACUUUUAGCGUUACAGGUUGGAGGAUUGGAUGGGCAAUUGCUCCGCCAGUUAUUGCAUCUGCAAUAAGAAACAUUCACAUUAAAAUCACAGACUCAGCUCCUGCACCUUUCCAGGAGGCUGCAUUAACUGCUUUGAGAAGCCCAGCAGCAUAUUUUGAGUCCUUGAGAACAGAUUAUGAGUCUAAGAGAGACUACAUUGUCAAGAAGCUGGCUGAGUUUAGUUUCCAGAUUGAUUUCAAGCCGCAGGGUGCAUUUUUUGUAUUUGCAAAGCUUCCCGAUAAGUGCCUACUUUCUGAUGUAGAUUUCACUGCAGAGUUAAUAAAGAAAGCAGGGGUGGCGGCUGUACCGGGACGUGGGUUUUUUCAUAUGGAGGCCACUUCAAUCCCAUUGAGGGAACUAUCCCUGGGUGGUCAGAAUUACCAGGAAAGAUACAUUCGGUUUGCUUUCUGCAAGAGCAAUGCUACACUUAGUGCUGCUGCACAAAAGAUGGGAGAUCUUGUGGAUGGCAAGGGAUGUCUAAAACUCGGUUGAUAUUCGCGAAAAGGGGCUCAGAUGAGAACUAUGCAAUUCUUCCGCUGAAAUUGGUAAACUACCUUUCUGGUUUUCAGUCUGUAUGACGGUCCAGCUGUGGAUGGCCCUCACACCAAAAAACUCCCAGAUGGAAGAAUCUUAGCCCUUCAAUCGGUGGCCAAAAAAAACAAAACAAAACUGGGGGGCCAUGAAAGCCACGGAUACUAUUAUUUAUUGUAUUCAGCUUUGAUAGUUACUACUAUUCGUGGGUUGGAAAAUGUAAUGAAUGAUGUUAUGAUCUAGUCGGCUGAUCCAAACGGAGUGUUCAAAUGGAAAUUACAGUAAUUUCCCUCUA